AUGCCGGCGGCCGUGGACACAGGCCAGGAGGCUGGCCUGAGCAAUACCGGUGACAAGGACAGGGACCUGCAGGUGCUGUUCCAGGAACUCUGCCAACUCCAGGCAAAACAGAGGAAGCUGAGGAGAGAGGUGGAGAAGCAUAAGGUUUUUGAAGACUAUCUGAUCAAGGUCCUUGAGAAAAUCCCCAAGGGCUACAACCAAGGGGAGGAGCCGGAGGCGGCCCCGGUGGAGGCCACGGUGGAGCACUAUGGGAAGCUCUUCGCAGUCAGCCAGGACAACCAGAAGCGUCUGGAGGCCUUCUUCAAGAUGAGCCAGGCCGUCCACCAAAGCCUGAGGGAGUCUCUAGAGGGAGGCCAUAGGGCUCUUAUCCCGAGCCUCAAGAUCCGGCUCUGCCAGCUGCAGAAGUGUCACCGCAAGCAGGAGCAGUGGCGGCAGUUGGAUCAUGGUGUCACCUACCAGAAAGACACAGGCAGCUGUGAUGUGAGAAGUAAGGUUGCUGAUCACAACCCUGAAGGCCUGAAGUCCACAACUCUGGAGCUUCCCAGAAACCAACUGCUCAACUGCAUGCAAACGGCCAUCCACAGCACGGCCCAGCAGCGCUGCGCCUCUGCCCACGGCAUGCCCAAGGGCGCGGGUCUCUUCUCCAAGCUCGACCUCAUCCGGGAAUUUAUGUUGGACAAAAUGGAGACUGUGAGAUUCAUCUCACUGCUCACGGGACCCAGAGUGUGCUGGACAGCAGACAACCCCAAGGACCGGGGCCUCAGAAGUUACCCCAGACCAUUCAGGAAACAUUCAAAGAGUCAAGAUUCGAUCCCCAGGACCCCCUUUCCUAGCACCCAGACUUCAGAGUGCUCCAGCCUGUACUGA